AUGGUGCAGAUUAUUAAAGACAUGAAUGAACUGAAAGAAUUUUUGAAGGCUGCUGGGCACAACCUCGUGGUGGUUGAAUUCUCAGCAAAAUGGUGUGGUCCCUGCAAAGCCAUGUGUCCUGUUUUCCAUGCAAUGUCUCUGCGAUACAAAAACGUACUGUUUGCUAAUGUGGAUGUGGACGAUGCUCAGGAGUUAGCUGAAACUUGUCACAUCAAAGGAGUACCCACAUUUCAGAUGUUCAAGAAAGCCAAGAAGGUAACUCUAUUCUCAAGAAUCAAACGAGUACUUUGCUGUUGUAGAAGUGGACUCACGGCCAAGCAGAUAUAUGAACUUUGUGGAGCUGAUGCUAGAAAAUUGGAAGAGAAGAUUCAGGAACUGAUGUAA